UUGAGUCCUCCUCCCCUUUCUUCCUCUCUCAAUCGCCGUCUUCCUCAUGACCACCACCCAUCUACCCACUCAUUCCCUUUGCAUUGCUCGUUAAGUCACAGAAGAACCCUGACUCUCUUUCUCUCUCUCUCUCUUUCUCUUUCUCUUUCUCUUUCUCUCUCUCUCUCUUUCUCUUUCUCUUUCUCUCCCUCUCUCUCUCUCACACACACAUGAGUGGACUUACUUGGAUACCUCUUAAGACUCUGUGAGUCUGUAAUAUGAUUAUCUAAUGCAGUAUGAAGGAGCAUUGGUUUUCUUCAGACAAAUCGUUUUCUGAUCAUGUGAAGAGCUUAAGAAUAUUUAGACUCUCAGCUUAGGAAGGAUUUUGAGAUUUUUCCAUUUUUGUUUGUGGGAGGAGUGGAAGGUUGAGUUUGAUGAUCGACAUUGUAGAUUGAUCGAGCUGGCUCUGAUUACUAAUCGGAGACCGGCCUGCAUUCGCUUGUCUGUAAAAGAUGAAAGGCGGUAAUGGCCAAGAAGAUGAAGAACUUGAGAUGCUUUUAGGGGAGAUCCCAAAUGCCACUUCUGCUGCAAAUCUUCAUGUAGAGGAAUUCGGCGUGAACAGUUCUUCAAUGAGUUUGGUUUCAGCCUCUUCGACGGAGAAAACCAUGGGGAAAUCCUUUUGUUCCGAUUCUCUUAAUGACUACUAUCUUGCAUCACAACCUUCCAAGCCUAGUUCUCCUUCUGUAUCACAUUCUCCUGUACCUGCUGCGAUAUGCAGCUCUUUUCCUUCUUUUUGCAAUGGCUUGAAUCUCAGUAGCCAUUCAAGUAUCAAUUCACCAACCAAGAACAUAGUUAAUAGAAAAGCACAUAGUGAAGAUAAUUUGGUUGUUGCUAAUUCCCCUGGUCGAAAAGAAUACCCUCAGCCAGUCGAAAGUGCUGACGGGGAGGACAAUUGUCCCAGUAUUGAGUCCAAGUUACCAGACGUUCAGUCAUUGACAUCUGCGCUCUCUAACUUAAGCUUCAAUUCUGAAAUGAGUAUCGGCCCAGCGAUGGACGCAUCUGUCCAGUAUCAAUGCUCUCCCAAUUCAGGCCUCUUGAUAGGAGGCCAGUUUCCUAAACACAUGGCAAGAGAUGAAUCUGGCUUUGAAGAGAUUCUUGGUGUUUUUCCUCAAUCACCCAAUACAGCAACCUGUGUGCAUUUUGGAAAUACGGCUGUUGAAACGCAGGGGAUCAUGAGUGUGAGAGGAGGAACAUUUCCUUCUCUAUUGAGUACCCAUGCUGUGGAUAAGUUCAAUGGGGAGGUGAGCGGGGAAGUAAAUUCUAGGUUUUUGAAGCUCAACACACACGAAACUGAAAGAGACAAGCACAAUCUGAGGCCCCGCUUACCAGUUGAUGAAUUUGCAAGUACUUUUGGGGAGCAGCAGCAGAGCCUUCCAAUGUAUUCAGGACCGGUGCAAUUCUCCUCUGGGAUUCAUCCAUUUCAGGUGCAUCCUAGUGUACCCGUUUCAGGAGUUGAGUUCCCUGCUUCUGUAUAUCAACAACAGUAUUACUUCAAUCUCCAUAGUUCCCCAUUUAUGCAGCCACAACAGUAUGGACAUCUAAAUGCAUCUAUCCAACAACUUAACCAGUGUCAUAUGGCAUGGCAGCAUAGAGAUGAAGAAAGUUGUAAAGCGGCACAGCAGCAAUUUGCAUAUUUGCAACUUCAGUUUCAGGGAAUUAAGAAUGUCAGCCAGCUUCAUCCAAACUCUAAUGGGCCCAGUCAAUCCCUUAACAUAUGUUCAAGGCAACCGUAUUGUGAAGUUCCUAUUUCUCAUGUUGAGCAUCACAGUCUAUCUUCAGGUUUGAAUGACAAUAUGUAUCCACAAAGAUUGAGUCAGUCCACUCCAGUGCUAAAGAAUGGCUGUCUAUCCCCAUACUCUGAUCAGAGUUUUUUUGGAAAAAGUGAAAACUGCCUAUCUGAACAUGGGCAGAACCACACUCUUGGUAAUGGUUUUAUCUCCCUGUCAAACAGCUCAUCGAAGGAAGACUUCCAAGGAAUCAAAAUAUUGGAGAGAGCGGCAAAGCAAAAUUUUCCAGAAAGAAUAUUGACUAGGUCACAUGGGGUAAAUGCACUGAGGAAUUUGAAUACAAUCUCAUAUUUGCCAAAUGAAAUUGCUGUCUCCCAUGCCAAUUCUAAUGUAAGGCCUCUACCAGAUCUGCACUCCCAUCACCAUCAUUUAGUUCCAAAUGCAGGUUCUUUCACACUUGAAGCUCAUAAUUCUGGAGGAUCGUCUCCUGAUAAAUCAGAAAGGCUUACACCCAGAUCCAGGCAGCACCUGAAAUGUGCUUCACUGGAUGAAAUAGAAGGAAGAAUCUAUGCUUUUGCUAAGGAUCAGCAUGGUUGCCGUUUCCUGCAAGAAAAGUUUGUUGAGGGCACUGCUGAUGAUGUCCAAAAAAUAUUCAGUGAGAUAAUAGUUCAUAUAGUUGAACUUAUGACAGAUCCUUUUGGGAAUUAUCUUGUUCAAAAGCUGUUGGACGUAUGUAACGAGAAUCAGAAAAUCCAGAUACUUCAUGCUAUUACCGGAAAUGCAGGUGUGCUUGUGAAUAUCUGCCUCAACAUGCAUGGGACUCGGGCUGUGCAGAAAGUAAUAGAAACUCUUAAGACUUCAGAGCAAAUCACAAUGGUUGUUUCGUCGCUAAGGGAUGGUGCAGUUACAUUAAUAAAAGACUUAAAUGGCAAUCAUGUUGUGCAGCGCUGCCUGCAAUGCUUAGAGAAUCAACACAAUGAGUUCUUAUUUGAUGCUGCAGCUGCUCACUGUGUUGAAAUUGCUACACAUCGUCAUGGUUGCUGUGUGCUGCAAAAAUGUCUCCACCAUUCAGAAGGUGAACGGAGACAACGGUUGGUCUCUGAGGUUGUCAUGAAUGCACUGAUCUUAUCACAAGAUCCAUUUGGGAACUAUGUUGUUCAAUACGUAAUUGAACUUGGACUUUCAUGGGCAACAACACAUGUAAUAGACCAAUUAGAGGGCCAUUUUGUGAACUUAUCUACACAAAAGUACAGCAGUAACGUGGUCGAGAAAUGUUUGAAAAUGUCAGAAGAUGAAAAGCGAGCCCUCAUUAUUCAUGAACUUAUUGACGAUCCACGCUUGGGCCAACUCUUGCAGGAUCCAUUUGCCAAUUAUGUUGUUCAGUCAGCACUUGCUAAUUCGAAGGGACCUGUUCACUCUGCUUUUGUAGAUGCUAUAAAACCUCAUCUACCAGCACUUAGAAGCAAUCCUUAUGGGAAAAGAAUCCUUUCCUGCACCAAUCUGAAAACUCAGAUGAUCAUGUAAAGGUGUAAGAUGGAAACACAGAAUUUUCAACUUGGACUGCAAAAUGCUUUAUCCCUCCAUCAAAGCACGAGCAUGAUGACCAGGAGACAGAAGAGGUAGGAUGCUUUCAAUAGCCUGAUCGGAAAUAAAAAAGUGUGAGAUGUAAGUUGUGGAAGUGUGAUCUUGUUCUCCAUGGAAGAGUGUUCAUACUUGACAAGAAAUAUACCCUAGAUAGUUCAAGAAAUAGUACUAGAAGGAAUUCUAUGUUGUACUUUUGUACUUUCUGUAAUCAUAAUCUCAUGUUUUGUCAUAUAAAACCUUUCUUUUUGAGUUCA